AUGUAUGGCCCAUUAACAGCACUUUUUGCAGGCAAUGAAAUACAUAAAAAACAACCAAGCGUACAUAUAAUAAUCGUGAAUAUCGACAAGGCGAAUGCGCAGAAGCUGGCAGAUGCUGCGGAGAAGCACGGCUUGUUGUCCAACCGAUACUUGUGGCUCGUCAGGGACUGGCCAUUUGAAAGCAUCAAACCACUGAAAUUCAAGCUGAUGAUUUCAAUGACGCUAUCUCCUUACCCCAUUUCACAUUAUAAAGCACAUGCUGAUGACGGACCCGCCCUGAACAGUGUUUCUCGAGGUUUAACCCUCAUAUCUGACGCUGUGAAGAACGUAAAUGUAAAGGAACGCAUUGAUUAUUACUACAAUGACAUAUACAAGCAAAUGAACAAGUCAGACAAAAGUCACCUAUCAAAGGCGUAUAUACGUAAAUUUAUAUCUGGAAAAUUUACUGGAAUCAAAAGUAUUAUUAUCCACGACUCUGGUCGCAUUGACUCACCUUACGAAAAGGACCCGGAAUUGACGGGCAAGGAUAUUUCUGAUUUCGACUUGCCAGAGCCUUGUCUCCAAAGAUCCAGAGCCUUCAAUAGUCCUUGCAAUGACACUAAUAUUGUGAUUAUUUGUGUGGUGUGGCUUAUGUUUGUCGUUAUGGUGAUUUUGUUGGUCUUCUUCUUCAAUAGAUGCCUUGUAUGGACGUAGAAUGUCGCUCGUAAUUCUAUUUUUAAUUUUUGGGUUAUUCCAGGGAUCGGA